CCGGCUCUUCGUCGGAAGGGGCGGGGCGCACGAGAUUGCCGCGCGGCAGCGGCUGCUCGGCAGCGUCCCCAGCUGUAGAUUUGGCAACCGCUGAGGAAACUUUUUUUUUCUUCGGCUCGGCGUUUUCUGCCCCCCAUUUCCGCAGAAUCAGGAUUUCCGUUUCCCUCCCUUUGAAAACGAGAAAAAAAAAAAACACUCGCAAACUCGGCGGGGCGCUCUGGUCUCCGCUCUUGGCUAGGCGACGCCUCGCUCGGAUCCGCGCAGCCGAGCAUGGAGCGAGCCGAAGCGGAGGAUCCCGAGUCCGGCGGCGCAGUUCCGCCGGGCGCUCGCCUGCUCCUAUCCUUCAAGGAGUUUCUGAGCUCCGGCAAAGGGAGGCUCCUGCUGGCCGAGGCGGUGCUGUCGUUCAUCAUCUUCAUCUGUUAUAUUGCCUCCUCUGCUGGGUCUUUCCUGAUUGUACCACUGUUAACCCUUCUGGCGGCCCUGUGUUUUUUCUUUGCAUAUUCUUUAAAGCUUAAUGAGAGGUUCAAAGCAGUCUAUUGGCUUUUGGCGGACUUUUUAUGUGGCAUCAUUGCUGCUAUUAUAUAUUUUGCCAUCUCGAUUGCCGCAGUCUCAAAAUAUUCUGACACAGCAUCCAAGGCAGCAGGAGUGCUUGGAUUCAUCGCCACAGUUGUCUAUUGUGUUUAUGUCUACCUAACCUUUAAUGACCUGAUGACAUAUCUCAAGCAAGGAGAUUCUUCAGAUGCCCCUGAGCCACGUAAAUCAGAAGAUGAUGACUCGGAUUCAGAUUCCGACUGAAGCAACAGUGCCUUGAGAAGAUUGCAGAGCCAAAAGGGGAGGACAAUGGGUACACUCUUCUUUUAGCAAUUGUAACCUUUUUAUGAACUUUUAUUUCCAUUGUACAGAUCAUCACCCAAAGCCACUGCUGAGCAUAUGCUAGUCUCAUGAAAGACUUCCUCAGAAAAAACUGCUGCUGUUUGAGCCUGGAUAUGUUUUUCCUCUGUCUUUUCUCAUUCAGCACUACAAUGUACUGUUCAGUAAAUUUUCUUAACCUUUUUUUAAAAACAGACUAUAGUCAGGGUUGCGUACAUCGAUGAUUGCAUCAGACAA